AUGGCGUCAGAUACUUCUGUAUCAGGGCCCCCAACACCGAUGGGCCCUGCUGAAAAACCUUCCGCUCCUCCCGUUCAUAUCCUUUCCUCGCCCGUUGCGCGCAUCUAUUCCGUUGUGCACCCAGCACUCCUCCUUGCACUAUGUGCUGCGCGAUUUGAAGGGUUGGUGGAGAACCCAACCAAAGAGCUUCUGUCAACCUUGCCAUGGCUCACUGCCAUUCAACUGUCAUACGCGGUGAUCUGUCUCCCGCCCGCCGGGUCGACAUCAACAGAGUCGAGUGCGUCCGCCGCUGCCGACGGCAAGACCAGCCCUCGGAUACCAUCUGGACCUAGUGGCGGUCGCCAUGGAAAGCCCAGCAAGCGCAAGCACACUAACAGCUGGGUGUGCAUCUGGUCCCGGUUAUUGCCGGCCACGCUCUCGCUUGCCCUGACCUUCCUUCUGGCCACUCCAGUGCUGGCCCUCGUUCUUGUUCUCUUCGGUGCCCCGCUCACAACACACAAUAGCGAAACCGUCUUGUGUGCAGCCCACAUGGCCGUUCUUAGCGCCACAUCUCUGAUCUAUGUCCACGGUACAGACCGCGGGGCGUGGAAUGAGGUCUGGGGCAUUGCCCGUCCAGCUGACGCGGUCUGGGGUGGUGCACUCGGCUCUGGCCUGGGAGCAUGGUUUGGCGCCAUCCCGAUUCCCCUUGACUGGGACCGACCAUGGCAGGCAUUCCCCAUCACAAUCCUCGUUGGAGCUUACAUUGGAUACGCAUUCGGCUCUCUUUUGUCUCGCACUCCAUUGCUUUAUGGAAAGCGAGUGCAAUUCACAGCAGAAGAGCUGGGUAACAAGGAGAAGAAAACCAACUAA